UUCACAAAUAGAACACGGCUCUCCAACUCAGGCAGUCCCAAUCUGACCUUCAAGCACACGGAACCCUGUAACGGGAGAUUGGUUGGGGACUGUCGAGAGAAAAAUACCCAAACUAAACUUCUGACAUUUUAACCGUUCAUCACCAUCAUCAUCAGUGCGUGUACUGGCACCCGCCGGAUCAGCUGGACUAUACUUUUUCUUUUUGGGUAACAAGACAUUCAGGGGAGAGGAAAACCAUUUAUUCCUGCCUUGACUUCUCCCCGUUCCUCAUCUCUACACCGAGUUGUACUCGUUUCCCCGUUUGCUUUGCACACUUGUAGAGGAGGUAAGCUGAGCUGAGUGUGCCUCUUGUGUGUGUAUGCCUGUCUCGCAGCAGAACCAGUCGGAUGCUCUGAGCCUACCGGACGCAGAGCUGUAUAUGGAAGUUGUAGGCUAUAAGGCAGAAGCGAGCUGUUGCACAUUGCGUCGUUCAAGAGCGGGAGCCAUGCUGUUCCACGGGAUCUCCGGUGACCACAUCCAGGGCAUCAUGGAGGAGAUGGAGAGGAGAUCCAAAACCGACUCGCGCCUGGCCAAGGGCGUGCGGCUCAACGGAAGGGAAGCGACCAUGCCUUCAAUGGGCCCUGAGAAACCCGCGUUGUGUGCCGGCUGUGGAGGCAAAAUAUCGGAUAGAUAUUAUCUACUCGCUGUGGACAAACAAUGGCACCUACGGUGCCUCAAAUGCUGUGAAUGUAAACAGCAUUUGGAGUCAGAGCUCACAUGUUUCGCCAAGGAUGGCAGCAUCUACUGCAAGGAGGAUUACUAUAGAAGGUUCUCCGUGCAGAGGUGCGCUCGCUGCCACCUCGGGAUCUCAGCAUCUGAGAUGGUGAUGCGCGCGAGGGACUCCGUGUACCACCUGAGCUGCUUCACGUGCACCACGUGCAACAAGACCCUGACCACAGGCGAUCACUUCGGCAUGAAGGACAGCCUGGUGUACUGCCGGGUCCACUUCGAGACCAUAUCCCAGGGAGAGUACCCCCACCCUGGCCUCAACUAUGCCGAGAUGGCGGCUAAAGGUGGAGGUCUGGCGCUGCCAUACUUCAAUGGCACUGGAACGGCCCAGAAGGGAAGGCCUCGGAAGAGGAAGAGCCCCGCCAUGGGCAUAGACAUCACCAGCUACAACUCAGGUUGUAAUGAGAAUGAUGGGGAACACCUGGACCGUGACCAGGCCUACCCUCCAGCCCAGAAGAACAAGCGCAUGCGUACCUCCUUUAAGCACCACCAGCUCCGCACCAUGAAGUCCUACUUUGCUAUCAACCACAACCCCGACGCCAAGGACCUCAAACAGCUGGCCCAGAAGACAGGCCUCACCAAAAGAGUUCUCCAGGUAUGGUUCCAAAACGCAAGAGCCAAAUUCAGAAGGAACGUUUUGCGACAGGAGAAUGGUGUUGACAAGGCCGACGGCACGUCACUCCCUCCGCCCUCGUCCGACAGCUGCGCUCUGACGCCCCCCUCCAGCGCGGCCACACUAACAGACCUGACCAAUCCCUCUAUCACUGUAGUGACCUCCGUCACGUCUAGUUUGGACAGCCAUGAUUCGGGGAGCCCCUCACAGACUACCUUGACAAACCUUUUCUAGCAAGCUCUACGACUCCUAGCAAGAACAACGACAACAACAACAGCAACAUUUAAUCGGGAGGAGAUUAUUUUGAUGUGUAGCAUUUGCAACCGCUUGGCAGCUGAGUUUGUAGUCAACCUAUUUAGUGAUUGGUUUUGUGUCGAGGACGUUUUGAAUCUGGAAGGCAUUGACAAAUCAUUAUAGAGGGUUCAACAAUCUGGGUCAGAGCCCAAAUUAAAUGAUUUAAAUGGUAAUACUAUAUUAUUUUUUACUUUAUUUAAUUUAAUUUGUUCAUUUGAUUUGAUUUAGUCUAAAUUGAUCCCGCCUGAUAAUUCAUUUCAAAUCAUUAAUACUAUGUUAGUCCUAUUUAAGGCAUAUUUCGGUCUUAUUUUAUUUUUAUUUUUUAAUCUUUGAAAUAUGAAUUUUCAGAAUGUUGUUUAAAAGAUCAUUCAGAGUUAUCCUGGAUGUUACAAGAUAUUGGAGCAUUAUAGAGAUGAGUAAUUUCUCGUCUCUAAAUGACGUUGUAUACAUUACAACAACCCAAACAUUACAACUCUAAUGCCAGGUGGCUGUAGUGACGUCAACAUGCAUUUUGUCUUAACAUGAUACGCCUCAACUGUGAUAGAAAAUAAUAAGAACAGAACAAAUCUCUAGAUCUGUACAGUGGUAACUGUCCAACAUGUAAUGCAGUCACGUUGAUAUUAGAAGGAGUUCAACUAUAUAAAUCAGUGAGUGAAUCUUUGAUUGGGACAGAGUUCUUGGGCACUGUUUGAAAUUAUUAUUUUCAUGAUACUUUUACUAAUCUUUUGGCCUCAUUUUACAUACCAAACACACGAAUGGAAAAACAAAUCUGUUGGCCUCAUUUUACAUACCAAACACACGAAUGGAAAAACAAUUCUGUUGGCCUCAUUUUACAUACCAAACACACGAAUGGAAAAACAAUUCUGUUGGCCUCAUUUUACAUACCAAACACACGAAUGGAAAAACAAUUCUGUUGGCCUCAUUUUACAUACCAAACACACGAAUGGAAAAACAAUUCUGUUGGCCUCAUUUUACAUACCAAACACACGAAUGGAAAAACAAUUCUGUUGGCCUCAUUUUACAUACCAAACACACAAAUGGAAAAACAAUUCUGUUGGCCUCAUUUUACAUACCAAACACACGAAUGGAAAAACAAUAGUUUAUCUGCAUUCAGCGAGCCUGUAGAAUUACUGUUAAAUACAGUUGCACAGUGACAAUAUACUCCCCAAUGAAAAGUGCAUUAUUAUUAUUAUUAUCACCAUGUUUCUCAGGGUAAAGAAGGGUUGAUUCUGAAAAAGGUAAGAAGGUAGAAGAAGAAGAUAAUAAAAAGUGAGGGAUGACGAUAUGGAAGAUUAGAUGUGUAGAGCUGAACAGAAACAUCAACAAUAACCCCAGAAAAGCUGGAGAUAUUCGACAGUCGGUGGGACAAAGAAAUCAUCCCCCACCUUUUCUCCUUGGCCAUAUUUAAACUUUACCGACACUUGCUACUGAACAGACCAAAUUAUAUUUUCCCUCUGGCUGAUUUCGGGGGAAAGUAGAGACAAGAGGAAUAGAAGGAUUGCUUUCUGACGGGGUUAAACUUUUGUUUGUCUCCUGGGCCAGCUGUUUAAGGUCGUUGGCGUCGGGUUGUGGUUGAUAGCAAAGCAGGACUACAUGGUGCGAAUUAGGAGAAAGAAAAAGAGACAAGUCCUGGCUGCAGGGUUCAAACAUUGUAUUGUAAUUGUCACAAUUUGUUCUACUGUAGAACAUAGCGUUACUCUCAAUCUACUUGAUGAAGUAGAUGCUUAACUCAGUUCUACUAUGUGCCUUAUGCUAUAACUUGGAAGAAAGUUUGUAAAGUUCAGGGUUAUAUGUGUUGUUUGUUGACUGAUUCACAUCCUUGUGACGCCUCACUAGUUUUGUACUGUUUUGCAUCUUAUUUCUGAAGAUCUUUUUAUGGUGUAUCCUGUCAGAAAGGAGGCAGCGAUGUCUUAGAAAGCGUUUGUGUCCUUCUUUCAGAUAUAGUUGGUUGAUUCCAAUAAUCUUCGUGUUAAUAGUUGAGUACAGUAAGUGUUCUAUCGAGAUUGUCCAUGUUUCCCUGUUUCUUGACAAAGAUGGUGUAUAGAAACUAUUUCUUCUUAAAUAUUUAUGGACCAAACGGUUGUUAUAUAUCUUAUUAAAUUUGUGUGAAUAAAAAAAUACUUUGUUUUAAA